AUGGCGGUCGGCGAUCCGUCCAGCCGAGGGAAGAAGAUGAAGGAGACCAAGCUGGGGAUGUCGUUCAAGAAGGACGACAAGUUCGGAGAGUGGUACUCCGAGGUUAUUGUUAACAGCGAGAUGAUUGAGUACUACGACAUCUCUGGCUGCUAUAUCUUGAGGCCAUGGGCGAUGGAGAUCUGGGAGUUGAUGAAAGAAUUCUUUGAAGCGGAAAUUAAGAAGCUGAAGCUGAAGCCAUAUUAUUUCCCUUUGUUUAUUACCGAGGAUGUUCUGCAGAAGGAGAAGGACCACGUUGAGGGCUUUGCUCCUGAGGUCGCAUGGGUUACUAAAUCAGGAAAAUCUGAUCUGGAAGCUCCUAUUGCAGUCCGGCCCACAAGCGAGACUGCCAUGUAUCCAUACUUCUCUAAAUGGAUAAGAAGCCACCGCGACUUACCUUGGAAGUGUAACCAGUGGUGCAACAUCGUUCGAUGGGAGUUUAGCAGUCCAACUCCUUUCAUAAGGAGCCGUGAAUUUCUUUGGCAAGAAGGGCAUACAGCUUUUGCGACAAAAGACGAGGCAGAUGAAGAGGUUCUUCAUAUAUUGGAGCUCUACCGAAGGAUAUAUGAAGAAUUUUUAGCAGUUCCAGUGUUCAAAGGGAGGAAAAGUGAGAUGGAAAAAUUUGCUGGUGGAUUUUACACAACCAGUGUUGAGGCCUUUGUUCCAAACACUGGCCGUGGUAUACAAGGCGCAACCUCACAUUGUCUUGGUCAAAACUUUGCAAAGAUGUUUGACAUACGUUUCGAGGAUGAGAAGGGUAAAAGAUCCUUUGUGUGGCAGAAUUCUUGGGCAUACUCCACCCGCUCGAUUGGGGUGAUGGUGAUGACGCAUGGUGAUGACAAGGGCAUAGUGCUACCACCAAGGGUGGCACCUAUCCAGGUCAUCGUCAUUCCUGUUCCAUUCAGGGAUGCGGACACUGUAGCUAUUAGUGGUGCAUGUGAGUCGGCUGUUUACACUUUAAACCAAGCUGGGAUGCGAGCAGACUUGGAUGCCCGUGAUAACUAUUCGCCUGGAUGGAAAUAUUCUCACUGGGAAAUGAAAGGUAUUCCCUUGAGAAUUGAGAUAGGUCCAAGAGAUCUGGCAAACAAGCAGGUGCGCAUUGUCCGCCGAGAUAAUGGUGCAAAGGCUGACAUUCCUUCGACCGAUUUGGUGGAGCAUGUAAGAAUGUUACUGGAUGAAAUUCAAGACGGCUUGUUUGAAACAGCCAAGCAAAAGAGAGAUGCUUGCAUCGAAAUCAUCCACACCUGGGAUGAAUUCACAGCAGCUUUGAAUGAGAAGAAGUUGAUCUUGGCUCCAUGGUGUGAUGAAGAGGAAGUUGAGAAGGACGUCAAAGCUCGGACAAAGGGGGAUCUCGGAGCUGCCAAAACAUUGUGUACUCCAUUUGACCAGCCAGAUCUCCCAGAAGGAACACUGUGCUUUGCUUCUGGGAAGCCUGCGAAGACGUGGUCAUUCUGGGGUCGCAGCUAUUGA